ACUAUCUGCGAAACAAAAAACAGUAAUACGAUUAUCGCACACAGCAGCGUGGUGUCUUAUCGGCUGAAAAAAGUAAAUACGUAAUUCGAAAAUCGAUUCAAAUUACGAAAAACCGCCAACAUUUUUAAAAAUUCACGAGAGUUGUCUAAUAUUGUGGAAGUCUAUACGAAAUUUUCGAAAUGAGUGAUUUUUUUUCUCAUUCAUAAAUUGUGAAUUUUCAGGCAAAAUUGAAAAUUUUCCAGAAAUUUUGCGCCCUCGCUUCGCUUGGGCAACAAGAUGUUCUCUUCUGUUUUUCAGAUUUAAUUUUCAAUGAUCAAAAGUCGAAAAAAGAACACAAAAAACGAGAAAAGGUGUAAAUUUGUGAUUUUGAAUUUCAGUUCCUCUACCUAUACCAACUCCAAAAAAUCAAUUUUUGUGACCGAUAUUUGUUUCUAUGUUGAUAUUUUUUCGGGGGGGGGGGGAAGAGGACGAAUCAAAUUUAUACUAUUUUAAAUGAUUAUGUACGAAAAAAUUACUCGUGCUAAAAAAGUACGCAAUUUUAGUUUUUUUUUUUUGUAAUUUGAUAGACACUACGACCGUUCAUUUUGUGUGCUGAUCGCUCCUUUUUCACUGAAACUUUGAAUAGUCGAGAUUUUUCCUCGACAAAAAUUUCUGUUCCUCGAAAACUUUGAUCCGAGGUGCAAUUUGAACGUUAUUUUUGUGCUUCAGUGACCUCGAAUCAGUCGGAAAACUUCAUUUAAAAACAGCAAUUUUAAUAAACAAAUUUUUUGGCUCAAUUUUCAGUCUCGAAAAGAGUUGAUUAUAAUCGAAGGUAGCGCUGUGGUGGAAAUCUUUAGCCGAAAUUCCCUCUCGAUUCUCGAUCGAAAAUGUUCCUCUGAAGAAAAAUGCAACAAUAUUAGCUAACGAUACUAAAGAUGAGAAGAUGUGUAAGAAUACAGUAGAAAGAAUUUUUCGUCGUCUUACGAUAGUGUAUUAUUUUUCUACGAGUCUGUCUAUCUGCAAUGGUUAUUUUUCGCUCCUCUCAGUUACUACGAAUUUGAUGAUUUUUACACAGAUGGAAAUUUCGGGUGGCGUGAUGCUAGCACGUCGCAGAUCGUUGAUUAUAGUUAACUAGCUACCAGCUAGUAGGUACUUUAUUUAUUACUUAUGCAACAUCUACUACUUUACCUUGUUCUACGUCUACUUCCAGUAAACGAUAGGUGAAAUUUUUGUCCGGAUUUGAUGGUUUUCCAUCCGCGUAGGUGGCACUUUCCAUUACGAACGCUAUUGUGUAAGCCAUCGGCAACUAAAUGUCAAACAGAAGUCAAAAAUACGACUCGCGUUACAAAGUUUCUUGAAUAGCAUUUUGUAAAAUGACAGAAAACGAAAAACUUGGGUGGGCAGUAUUACGUCACAUUUUUAAUGUAUAGUGGACAGCGAGCAAUUUGAUUUUUUAUACGUUUUUAUGGACAAAUGUUUUCGCUGGAAGAAAAAUUAUGUGUUUAGCUAGACCUACGUCAAUUUUUUUGAAUGUCAAUCGAACUCUGGGUCUCUGCCUUGAAGAAAAAAUUAUUGUAGCCCUUCCUGCGAGUGCUUGAAAGUCAAAAUACGUGACCCUGAAAAUUAGACUUGAAAAAUGUGAUGUGGUUUUGGGAAUUUAUCGUGAAAUUCACUUUUUUCAGAAAAGUUGCAUUAUUAUUGGCUCUUUAAUUGAAUUGAAAAAUUCGUGAAAAACAAUGAAAAACAAUGAAAAAAAAUGAAAGAAUAGAUUGCAUUUUUUUAAAAUGAGAGAACAAACGAGUGAAUUGUGGUUUAAAAUGAUCAAUUUUUCUAUACUUGCAGAUACUUUUAUUCCUGUUUACUUAUAUCGUAUGAGAACACAUCUUUAAUUUUGUCCCUAAAAGCACUACUUUCAAUUUCUUUAGAACUAUCAGUAUGUAAUUAUGUAUUAUGUAUUAUCAAUAACAGUACGAUUAUUGCUCUCGUAAGCAAGUCAAUUUUCGAUGAUUCUGUGAGCUGUAAUUCUGUAGCCAUUUCCAUUCGACUCGAGAUACCCGUUGUUUACGUCAGUCGUGGCUCGGUUGACUUUGAGUAGCGAAAAAUGCCCCAAGUAAGUGAAUAAAAGUACAAUAGAGAUAUACUCACCAGUAGUCUCAUAAUACGUUGGUAGGAAUACGGUGGUCAAUCAUCGAACCGGGGCACCGGGGCAUAUGGCACGAUAAUUGAACGUGUGUGUAUGCGAUAAUUAUCCGACUGGCUGUACCAGUCAGUGGCUGUAGCGCGCACCAAAACAGAUCAAAAAAAGAGAGCGAAAAAACAACAAAACGAGGGGCGAAAUUGCGGAAACUGAUUUUGAACCAAGGAAAACUCGAACAUUAGAAGAAAGGCGAUAGGUACUUCAAGUCGGCAGUCGCACUUUACACAAGUACGGCGAGUACGGCCGUUUGAAAAAUCGGCAGUCGAUGCUCGAUACCCAUUUCAUUGCGAAUGAAUUAAGACAAGUAGAUAGGUAGAGGUAUUUGAAGUGACGAAAGAAAGCAUAAUCACCGCGCAUCAAUUAUAUAAUUACCACCGAUUGUUAAUUCGAACAUCUCGUUACGCCGGCGUAACAUUUUAAUUUCUCUAAGUACUUUUUUUUCAUCAUCAUCAUCAUCGUCAUCGAGUAUUUAUUUUAGGUGCUUAUUCGCUCGUUGCGUCGCCGUGGUUUGUUUGCAUUUUGCAUUUACUGGCAGCGCGUGGCGUUGGUGACGUUCAUCUUCACCGCUCAUUGAUUGUUUACUCUUGAGUAACACUGGAUACGAGUACUUACGAUAGGUAUUGCUAUUAGCUACUUACUACUUACGAGGGAUCCCCCCUUCCUCCGCACACAUGAUAGUCUGCGAAUGGAAUGAAAUUUGGAUAAUUGGACAGAGGACAUAGAAAAGCAAUCCCUCUUCAAAGUAGGUUCAGUACUUUGAUUAGAGAAAAACAAAUCGCACCGGUAAUAACAUUGGACCAAAAACAAAAACAGAAAUUGAUUCAAAUUGAAAAUUGUUAAUGAUAAUUGGUGAAUUAAUCUGUUUAAGUGAACCUGAUUUUGUUGAAUGUGCGAAAUGGUGAAUGUACGAAAAUUACCGAAUUGUCGAUCAAAAUUUGUCUGAAAUUUUCUCUUUAAUUCUUUGAUUUUCAAAAUCCCCAGUUUUUUCCCGCUUGUAUACCUACGUUUCGAGUAUUGGAUAUGAAAAAUAAGUUGUAAGUAAUGUUGUAUGUACUAUGUACUUGACUACCUAGCGCUGGAUCUAUAAUACCAUUUGUACGUUUCGAUUUCAACGACGAGGUAUCGAUGAUUAUGACGCUGUUGAUGCACUCGCGAUUGGAGUUGACCGCAAAUUAAACGCAACUUUCUUUUCUCGAUUGACGUAUUGUAGCGGUGCACUGCGACACACUACGUUUGACUAGCAAAAUGAUGAGAAUGGCAACGAACUUGGUAGAGAAGUUUUUUCAUAUUAGCUCCCUCAAUCACAGCAAUAUAAUCAGCCAGCAAAUUGAUUUUUGGAUUUUUAACAUUCCUCAGCAUAAAACUUCACUGAAAGUUUAAACCGUAAUCGACCACAACAAGCACUAAAUCAAAAUAAUUUUUUACAAUUCCAUUCAAUUUUUCAUCAAUUUGAUUCUAGUCCAGUAACUUUAGCAAAAAAAUAGGGGCUAUAGUGAAUCUCUAGGCGGCAAGCUGAUUUUUGGUAUACUGGUCCAUUUUGAUGUCCUGAAAACGAAUCCGAGGAGUCCCCAACUUUUUUCCACGGCCUUUGGCUGAUCGAGCAUUUUUAGCCAACAAAGCAAGCUAGAGUACUUGAAAAAAUAUUGGAACUUCUACCAAAAAAUGCUCGAUUAGCCAAAGGCCGUGGAAAAACUGAAUAAAAUCACUUUUCCGAUAGGAAAUUUAGCGAGGAAACCGAAUUUCGGGUUGUAAAGGCCAAAUUCGGCGCGCAUAGGCUCGCAAAAGCCGUUUGAAAUUUUCAAAUUUUUGAAACUAGUAUCGACAAUUGACACUUGGUAUCAGAUACCGAGUUUCAUAUACCUAACGAUACGAGUAUCAGAAUCGCCAAAAUUUUAAACUGUUCAUUAGGCAAUACGAUCUCAGUAAAUAAAACAACAAAAAAAUGAACGCAACAAAAUGACGUUUAAUAAUUUUAUUAACAAAAAUAUAUUCACAAAAAAAACCAAAAAACAAUUAUCGAGAAAAACCAACAAAAAAAACCGGUGUUAUUCGUUAGAAACUUUAAUUAUAUACAGUUUGAAAAAAAAGGAACUAAAAAUUGAACAAAAAAAAAACAAUACAGGGAACGGAAACCCAGUCCAAGUAUUAAAAAUUAAAAAUUACCUUCAAACUCAGUUUGAAAAAAAAAAAAAUAAAUAAAAAUUGAGCAAAAAAAAUAUAGGGAACGGAAACCCAGUCCAAGUAUUAAAAACAGGGUGUCCACAGGUCUGGAAAACCUGGAAAACCUGGAAAAGUCAGGGAAUUUGGUCGGUCUGGAAAAGUCAGGGAAUUUCGUAAUUUUCACGCAAAAUCCCUGGAAUUUCGAAAAAACGAUCAAUUGAAAAUUCUGAAUAAGGACCUGUGAUGAAAGAAAAACACUGUUUUUCACUUCUCGAAACGCAAAUUUUCAAAAGCUUUUGCCCUCGCUUCGCUCGGGCUUCUUUUCUUUUUCAAAGGCAACAUGAAAAUCUCUAGAUUAUAAAAAUCAAGUUUUUAUGCCAAAAAAUGAACUCCUCACGAAAAAAACAUCGUUCUUAAGCAUCUCGAAAUACAUACAAAUUUACAAGAGCUUUCGCCCUCGCUUGGGCCUGUUCUGUUUUAUUUUUCAAAAUCAACUUCCUUCAAAAAAAAAAAAAAACAUAAUUCAAAUAUUCUAAAAUUUUAAAAGCCAAAAAAAAAGCUACUCCGUCCUCACUAAAAAAACCAAACAUAAUUCAAAUAUUCUGAAAUUUUAAAAGCCAAAAAAAAGCUACUCGUCCUCACAUAAAAAAACCUCGUUUUUAUGACUCUCGAAACUCAAAUUCUCAGAAGCUUCCGCCCUCGCUUCGCUCGAGCCUGUUCUCGUUUCUUUUUCAAGAGUAAACUUCCUUCAAAAAAACAUCCAUUCCAAUAUUAAAAUUUAAAAAACCAAAAAAUAAACACUCCUCGCAUUCAAAAAAAAAAACUCGUUUUCAGGCAUCUUGAAAUGAAAAUUUUCAAAAGAUCUCGCCCUCGCUUCGCUCGGGCCAAUUUGUCUCUCAUUUUAAGAUGAACAAAUUUCACAUUUUGAGGCCUUCAAAAAUCAAAAAAAGAAAAGAAAAAUUUUCAGAAGUUAUAUGAAUACAUAGGUAUUUUAUCAAUUGGCCAAACUUGAUGUAUGUUUUAUUUAUUUUUAAUUAGAAAAGUUAAUAAUCAAAGUUGAGCUGUUUUUUAUAUCCGAAGAAGUAUCCAGUUCGAAGAGAAGCUUAUGAAAAAAAAUUACCCCCCCCCCCAAAUUUUUUUUUUAAUUAAAGUGCGGGAUGAGCAUAGGAAAUUGAGAAAAAUAGUCUGGAAAAAUGGAAAAAUUGGUCUGGAAAACCUGGAAAAGUCAGGGAAAAUCAUUUCCAGAAAUGAGUGGACACCCUGAAAAAUUCAAAAUUACCUGCAAACUCAGUUUGAAAAAAAAUAGGAACUAAGAAUCUCGUAUGUUUUCUUUUCGAUGAACCUCCCGACUCGGUACUCGUUGUCUUACGUUUGCUACAUUGAGGCUUCGAAGCUGUUGUGUUUUCCGCCAAAAGUUGAAUAUCAAAAUGCAUUGGUGCAUCCUUGUUCGCUUUUUUUUGCAUAUGGGUGUCCAGGGAACGUCGAGUGGGGGCGAUAAAAUUACAUCUUUUUUUUGGACAGGCAUAAUGCAUCACUGUAAACAUGUAAAAAAUUAGUUAAAUUAGCACGUACAAGUAUAACAAAAUCUACAUAAAUAAGUUAUGUGCAUACCUAAUCCGUAUUCGUCGUUGUAGAAGAAAAUUUGUGUCUUCGAAUUAAAUUUAUUAUUUUUCACCGGAUGAAAUUUAAAAUUCAAUAUUUCGGGUUUGGGCGCCUUCUCAUUCACAUUCCAUAACGCGUAGCCCUUUUUGGGGAACGUUACAUUGAAUGUUUUACCUCCAACUCUGAAAAAUGAUAAAAAUGUUCCAGUUUAAGAUACUCAGUUUAAUAAAGUGAUACGAGUAUCACACAAUGAAACCGAGUUUCAAAAAUUUUAAUACUCGAAUUUUUAAAUACUAAGAUGAAACUUACGUCAAUUCCAUCGCCCGUGUCGGAUGUUCGUUUGCAAAUGUUUUAUAUGCGAAAAAUAGUAUCUAGAAUAAUUCUCCUUAUGUACUUCCUCAUAAUUUUCAUUUUUCAUCAAUUUUCUCUUCAUUAUUUUUUUCAUGUUAUAAUGACUUGAAAUUUAUUCAACUUGAAAAUUUAAUUAGUACAUACUCGUAUUUAAUUAUUAAAUAUUAUUUUAAAUUGCUCUUCUUUUCUUGUUGGAUUCUCCGAUCCUAUUUUUUGAUUUAUUCUAAGACGUUCAUUAUGCUGCAUUAAUUUUUUAGAAUUAGAUAAUCGUUUCUUUCAUUCAAUCUUUGACUUGUUCGGCGAACUUUUGAAUUUCCCGGAUUAAAAGUCUUUCUCUUUUAUUAAUCAAUUUACGUCUUUCUUGAUGAAUUUUCAAAUUUUUCACUUUUGAGAGACGUUUUUUUUGGGAAAAUUUCAGUCUUUCUCGAUGAGUCAAUAAUUGUUUGCAUAACAAAAACGUUGUUUUUGGGACAAUUCUAGUCUUUCUUGAUGAAUUAAUACAUUUCCCGGUUUAGAAAGACGUUGUUUUUGAGACAGCUUCAGUCUUUCAUGAUGAAUUUCCAAAUUUUCAGGAUUCAAAAGACGUUUAUUUUGACUCAAGCAAUUUCAACCUUUCAAGAAUAAUGUUUCGAUUUUCUGGUUUCGAACGUCAUUUCUUUGUAUACGUACACGAUGAAUUAGCAAACUUUGUAUGUUUGCUAACCGCUUCACAUCAUGAAAACUCAAAUAUUCCAUACCUUGCUCUUAUGGUAGCAGAGUUUAAUAUUUUAACAUAAUGAAAUAUGUAAAACGGUAAUGGAGCAUUUUUAUACAUGGUGUCCGGGAAAUGCUGGUUCAAACUUCAAAUUUGGAUGCAACCGGGUACGACUAAGGAAAAAGGUCAUGUGAAGGUGUGGCCUUUCUUCAAAAUUGAAGGGGAAAAGUACGUUUUUAAAAUCCAAGAGUCAAAAAUCCAAUUUUGAACAUGAGGGAGGGGAAGUCGGUAGUACUUGAAAAAAUUGACGACAUUAUCUAUUAUUUUUUGCCUAACUUGCAAAUUGAAGGGGUCACAAAUGAAUUCUAAUUUCAAAAAAUCGUGAUGAAAAAAAACAGAAUGACAACUACCUUAAAAAAUGAACAAAUUCUGUUAUGAUCAUUUUUUUUUCUUACUCUAUAAAAUUUGAAACGUUUUUGAAGCUUAACAAUUUUUAAUUUGCUGAAAAUUUCUUUAAAUUUACAAUUUUUGGGCUUCAAAAAGUUUUCAAAUUUUAGAGUAAGAAAAUGCUGAUCAUGACAAAAGUUGUUUGUUUUUUGACGUAGUAUUCAUUUCCGCAUUUAUUUUUUUCGUCGCGGUUUUUCGAAAAUAAAUAUCAUUUGUAGCGCCUUCAAUUUCCAAGUUUGGCAAAAAGUCGUAAUAGGCAAUUUUGUUCAUUUUUCAAAGUACUACCCACCCCUAUGGUCAAAAUUGGAUUUUGGCUCUUGGAUUUUGAAAACGUAUUUUACCACUUCAAUUUUCAAGAUUGGCAACUUGCUUACCUUACGUUUUUUUCUGCUCGUACCCGGUUGUACCCUAAUCUGAAGCUGCCAGUUUUAUCAUUGCAUUCCCCUAUUUUUAUAAAGGUAUAAAUUAUUCCGUUUAGAAAUAAAAAUCGAAUCGUCGUCAUCCUCGCAAGGAGUCACUUAGAUACCCUAUGUUUAUUGUUUAUGAAACGUAACUCCGUAGAUGUAACUAUUUUGAGUGUUCAACUAAAUUGAAGCAUCACUUACAGUAUUAUAAGGAGGUUUGGCAUGUUAUGACAAAUAUUUAUUUGGGAAGUACAAUGAUACAUAUACGAGUAGAUCAUGAUCAGUCAUCGUUGAUGUUAUGUAUUUUCUAGUAAUAGGUUCGAGAAACCUGGAAUGUAAACAUGUAAUUAAAAUAUAUGUACAGCUGAAACUGCUGGUAUCAAAUACGUUCUUGCGCCAACGUCAUUGCGCGCGCGUUGUCGGUAGUAACAGAUAUAACGUUGUCGGGAUUAAUUUCGAAUUCUAUGCACAGAUCACGUAUAAAGUUGGAGACUGCUUCAGCCGUUUGCACAGGCUGUUCCCUGCAGGCUAACAGGCCGUUUUGUAUUUUGCCGUUCUUGACGUAAUGGACCGUCGCACUUCGAGAAACCUGGAAUGUAAACAUGUAAUUAAAAUAUAUAUGUACAGCUGAAACUGCUGGUAUCAAUACCAAAAUUUUUUUCUUACGGCAAUCCAGUAUUGAACUUUAUUAGAAAAGUAACUCAGGGAAUUGGGAUGAAACAGGAAAGACAAUUAGGAACCUGCCUAACCACACAGUAUACAAUUUACAUUUGAAGACACAUAUUUUGUAACAAGUACAUUUAUAUUUUGAAACCCACGUUUUGAUUGCGGGCACUCAGUUGAUUCAUGACCAUACUCAUGACAAUUGUAACAGCAGCGACCAGGGUUGGUACAAUUUUCGGCAUUAUGGAAGUAAUCUCCGCACUUUGUACACUGUACUUCUUUCUAUGGUUUUCAACUUUUUGAAUUGCUCAGUAGUAUACGAGUAUUUAUGCACAGUUGUGGUGGGUUUUUGGGAAUUUGAAGAUGGCGUAGAGUGGGUUGGAUUCUGUUUCACACGUUAUGUAUCUAGUGUUUCAUUGAUUCAUUUUUUCGUUUAUUUGGGGGUUGAAAUUCACUCGCUUGUGGUCCAGUUGGAGGAAAUUUUCCUUCACAGUUUGAAAAUCGAGCAUUUCGGUUUUCGAUGCUAUAUUAUUAUAAAGCGAAAAAUAGAUGGUCUUCGGGUCGUGAAUGCCAAUGAUUUUUAAUAAAAGUAGAGAUGUUCUAAAAUCUUGCGAAAAAACGGUGCCCAUGAUGAUGAAACUCGAUAAAUAAGGUAAUUAGGUAUAAUGUAUAGUAAAGGUCCCUAAUCCCGUAGGUAGGUAAGUAGUACCUAGGCGUCCGAAAGUUCUUAUCUUUCCUACUCUCAUGACUUAGGACCUCCAUCGAUUGAAAGUGCAAAUCUGUAAUAUGGUUAGACUAGUUGCUCAAUGCUCAUACUCGUAAUUGGGCGUAAUUCAGCACCUAUAUUACGUUGGCUAUGUUGUCUUUGGGUUGUCUGACCAAGAAUUUUUGAAGAAAAAAUUGCUGGUAAGGUUGGCUUGAGUGUUUGUUAUUUUUACUAAGAAUUUUGAAAGAUAAUCAGCAAUGGAUGAUUUUCUAUUGGAAAGUCAUUCAUUGGAUUGUUUGUGUAGAGUGAGAAAAAGAGAAAAGAAAAGGGAAAAAAAUAAAUGAAAAAUUUAAAAAAAGUUUAAAAAAAAAAAAUGAAAAAAGGUAAAAAGAAAGUUUAUCAGAGUUCGAUCGAUUUACUUGCAUACUUAAAUGUUUAAAAUCAAUCAUUUAAUGGUAAACAAAAUUUGAAAAAGUUGAAGAAAAUGAGAAAAUUUUUUUAUUUGAAAAAUCUCAAUUUUUCACUAAAAGUUUGGAAAAUUUGAGAAAAGAAGAAAGUUAAAAAAGAAUUGAAGAAAAAUGAAAUAUUUUUCUAUUAGAAAAAUUCUAAUUUUUUCAAGAAAUUUUGAAAAUUUGAAGAAAAGAAAAGAAAAAAAGGUUGAAGAAAAUGGAAUAUUUUUCUAUUGGAAAAAUUUUCAUAUUUUGCUCAGUUUCGAAAAUGUUUCGCAAAUGCAGCUUAUGUCUUCGUCGUUUUUACGAGUCUGUAGUAGUUGAGAGGCCUGGAUUAGCGGCUCUAAUUCGUUCAAAAUAGGCGUUGCCUGAAAAUAAUUGUACGUAGGUAUUACAUCCGUUUGUAAAAUACAUAUUUCGAAAUUAUGAUAAUAGGUAUGAGCUACCUAUGUAAUAUUUGCAAUAUUAUAAAUUAUACUUACAACGGUGUCAUUACUCGUAAAAUACUCCGAAUCUUUCAUCGCUUGUUUCAGUCGGUCCAAAUUAUACGUUAUUUGUAAUCCCUUCGCGGAAUUACAAUUAUCCUUAUUUUCAAAAAAAAAAUUUGGAAAAUGAUUUUUAUGGUAGAAGUCUUGUUUUCGUUUUUACCCUAUGUCAAUUCACACGCGAAAUAAGGACACACGAUAAAUUCGAAUACUUGAUUAUAAUUGUUGAAAAUAAUUAUAACAAGUCACACUUAAGUCUAAAAUAUAUAAAAAAAACUCUACACGUAUAACCAAGAGACAGAAUUUUAUUUUCUUGUCGAUGAUGUUAAGGAUUCGACAAGUUAUGUCGUACCCUAUCGCCAUCCCUAGAAUCAUGGUUACUGAGCGAGUAGGUAGCUUGGUCGCCACAAUUGAGGGUCGCUUUUUCGUGGCCGGAUAACGAAUAAAAAACUCCCAUAAUCCGGGCUUUCCUUAUAUCGCUGAUAACAUAUGAAACUUAGAAUAAUGCAGGAAAUUGGUCCAUGGAUAACUUCGAGGUAAUUACUUAAUUAUUUGGUUCGUGAGCGUGAUAUUGCUCUGAACCGAAAUCAGAAUUGAGGUUGCUAUCACAGUUUCAUCUUAUCGAAUUAAAAAAAUUAAACAAAAAUUAACACCCGAAUAUUGAAACAUAAGCAUAAAAAUUAAAUUCAAUAAACAAUGAACAAGAAUACCUUAUUAAUACAGGAACAAAAAUGAAAAUUUUGAAAAAAUAAAACAGAAGAAAAUGACCAAAACAGUCUCCACCAAGGCAAUUUUUAAAAAAUUGGAAAACUUUGAAGUCCAAGCACACGUGGUGCCUCUGAAAGUACUCUUACUGCAGACGUGCUGAGCUUGUAAUUAUGUGUCUGGUCGUCGUACCAAGUCAAUAAUGCGUGCAAUACGGUAUCGUAUUUACCUGCAUAACUUGUUGAAGACGAAGAGUGCAGACGCAGACUAUGUGCGUUAACCCGAGUGUAAAAACGAAAGCGUUCAACUAAUCGAUGAUGCGUAAAAAGAUGAAUGACAUUGGACUAGAAUGAAGCUACUGCUGCUGCCACCGAUCUGUUAUUUCCUCUUAAAUGCCUAUAUUUUUAUAUCGGAAGUGAACUGUUUUGUGAAGAAAAAUUCGCCCAAGUCCGAGGUCGAAUAUCUUCUUUUGGCCGCCAAUUAUUACCGCUCUCGGUAGACGGUCGUCGAACACCGCCUACGAGCGAAGUACUAAUUAGUACCUAUUAUUAUUAUUGGUAUAAAUUAGCGCGAUGAUAUCGAUAUCGCGAUAGAUGCUCUGGUAAUCAUUUUCGCGACACGACGUCUGGUUAUUUUGUUUUUCGCACUCGUGCUUUUUCAUAUUAUAAUACUCGAAUACAUUGUGUUUUACGCCAUUUGUAAUUGUUUCUUUUAGGCGUCGCCAUUGGCAUUGGCAUUAACGCCAUGGUGAGUAACCCAGUAGUGAUGGUGUGGGUCUGGGUGCGAUUGACCGAUGUAAAGUGGAUGCUGGAGCUGGGAAUAUUACACAUUUGCAUAGCUUGCUACGAGAUCAGCUUGGUAUUUCACCCUCACUGCUCGUGCUUUUUCAUCGUACUGCAGCUAUUUUAUUUAUUCCACGCUCUCGUCGUUGCUUUAACUUUGGUUUCGAGUAUGGUAGAUUGAGGUGAAGUUUUCACGUUAACAGGCUAAAAGUUUUUGCACUGCUUGACUCGGCGAAUGCUUGAUUGCAGAUUAUACGAAUAGAUUUGUGCCUCGACCAUGCUAUUGAAUUUGUACAUCAAUUUAUGUUUGGUUCAGUUGAAACGAGUUGCUACCGUAUCGUUAUUAUGUGUUGCCUUACAAACCGUCGCAACUGUAUUCGCACUGUCCGUAUCCCAAGCAGAGCAUAGUAGUAGUAGUGGCAGUAGUAAAGACAACACCACUAGCAGUAAAUCUGUCGCAGAGCAGCCUCUGCAUGGUAGUAGUAAUUCUUCAUCUUCUGUAUCAUCUACGUCGUCGUCUUCGUCAUCUUCAUCGUCACGAGGCGGAUCUUCGAAGCCGCCGAAAAAGCUCCCUUCCAAGAGUGGCAGCAGCAGUCGGGGUCGCAGUCGUAGCGGAAGCCCCGGGGGUGGUAAAAUAGCUAGAUACAGCAGUUUUGACAGCGACUUGGACUCGCUGUUGCCCAUCGGAUAUCGAUACAAGUACGCGUCCGAUUACGACAGUUACUAUUCGUCGUCGUACAGCUUCAUCGACCUCGACACGGACAUAGGUCUGGACUCGAUCGAUCUUCACGAACCGAUAUGGUUUCCGUUGCAUUACGACGUCGACCUGGAUCUAGACUUGGAUUUGGACGAUAUCGAUUUAGAUUUAGAUUUGCUCAAAUUGAAGUACGGCCUGUACGGUCUGAAUCACUACAGUUUGCAUAAUCCUCGAUUCAACGAUUAUCGAUUCCGUAGUCGAUAUCGUUCGCAUAGCAGACCGUAUUUUAGAGCGCAACACCGAUACUUGCCUCAGUACUGGAAACACGAUCUCGAUUUUUGGGGACUGGAUAAUUACGGAUUGGGUUUCGGCUAUGAUAAAUAUUUGUACCUGAAUUCGUUGUCGACGCCUACUAGCUAUUCUCACAUUAGUACAUUUUAGUAGGUAGAGGUACCUAUACCUACUACCUACCUACAGUCUACGAGUGCAGUACGUUCGAGUUUUCAUUUGCCAAUUAUCGAAGCUGUGCAAUUGAACGCUGCGUCAAGUUCCAAACUGACGUACCUUAUUGCGAUGCUCAAUAUUUUCACUGUUGAAAUGUCUGUACUUUCAUCGAUUAAUAUACUGUACGGCAUAUCUCCGAUGUCAUUCAAAAUUUCUUGGUGAAAAUGAGGUCCCCUUAUGUUUUUAAUAAUCUCGAAGCAUUUCGAUCUUUUCCGCGUGAUUUCUUUUUGAAGAUUGCAUUCGUUAUUCUUAUUCAUAAUACUUACUACUCAAGUAGUCAACAACACGUACUGGCAUGUGCUCGGCAAUAAAAAGUGACAAUUGAGCUUCGAUCUACCUACCCGAAUACCUACAUUCUACAGUCUUUCUUCACCCUGGACUUGAAAGUACCUAUGUACAUAUAUAACUAUCUGUAUAUUUGAAUGUUUCAUUUUUCCGGGUGUCAUGUCGGCUUUUCCGUUCAUCUUGGUUGAAAGUUGAAACCAAUGACGACACCUUGAAGCUUUCUUAAAGACUCGUGUAUGGUGUUUUUUUCGCGACAAAAUGAGAUGAAAAAACUGGAAUUGCUUAGAAACUAUUCAGACAGCAGGCACCCGGAUUUACUUUUUAAUUUGAAGAAGUGUUUUUGUACUCAAUCUCAAUAGAUAUGUAUUUUUUAAAAGUUAAAUCAAAAAAUAUACUUCGAGUAUUUACUCCUAACCAGAAUUACAUCGUUGAUGGUGUUGUUUCUCAUUUAACCCCUCAAAGAACUAAAAAUAUAAUUUAAAUUCAAAAACAACCAAGAACCACUCCACAGGUACUUUUCGACUUCGGUUAAAUUACCAAAGUAGCAUGGAUCUCCGGUUACGAGCAUUACCAUUAUUCAUGUAAUGAUUCACAUGUUCUUCAUUCAAGUUAAUUGCACGCUCGAAGGUUUUAUCUCGUACAAUUUUUAGUAGCAUUUAAAUCAAGCAAUCCAAGCGAUUAUUCUGACGAGAAUUUAAAUACCCAGUGUUUUAAGAGCUCUAGCCUCUAUGGGGAGAUUCAAGGACCAUCUGUUGGCGCAGCUCCGAAAAUAAUUACUUACUCUAACCAGUAAGAAUUUUAUACUUUUCCUGUGAAUUUGUAAUAACAUUGCAUUUGGUUAUCAUAGCCUCAUAGGUUUCACUUAUUCUGACAAUUUUUUUAAUUUGAUAUCUAAGAGCAUUUAUUUUCUGCUUACAUGCCUCCAACACCCACUUGGCCAAGUUUUCUGCCUGCGUAUGAGGGUUUUGUGUAUUUUCAUUUUUGUAUUUAUUUAACAAUGGAUUUUUGUAAGUUUCUAUGUAUAUCUGCUAUUUUAUUUGAUAAAUUGAGCUUAUAAGUGAUCUGUUUCGAUCACCGGAUGGAACUGAACUGCACUGGUUCUGAAACCGAACAGACGUUUUAGCUUUCUCAGUACAUACAAUAUUGAAUUACUUAUGUCCUACGUGGAAAAACGACUCGACUCGGGGGUUGCGAAUCCCCGAGCCGGCGAUUGCUCCGUGGAAAAAUCGAGUGUCUCGGAGAAUUCUGUUCUCCGAAGCAAAGACCUCGUCCACGGACACGCCGUCAGCUUAGCGGCCGAUGGCUCUGGCCAGCUUCUUCGCCACGUAGCGUUCGUGGAGCGAGUGCGCAGCUCGGGGAUGUUUUCUCGAUUUGUAUUGAAGAAAUUGCAAAUGUGUAUAGGUAUGGCCUGUAGACCUGCACAACUCUUCAAUUGUUGUUUGAACUCUACUUUUCCCAUGUUCAAAAUUCUGUACAUUUUAAAUGAAAAAAUUGAAAAUAUAAAAGAAAUAUUGUAAUAAAUAUUAAUUAAUUUAUUUUUAAAUUAAAAAAGUAUAACUUAAAUAUUUUAUUUAAACAAUAUAAAAAAUAAAAUAAAAAUAAUCUCAACUCUACUAGUGACUGGUUCAACUCUGCAAAACUUUCUGGCACAUUCCUUGAAUUGUCGAAUUGUCAAUCACACCAAAACUUACACUAAGACUUGGAGAUUGAGAUGGAGCAGCAUCUGCAUUCAAUAAGCCAAAUUUUGAUGGUGUAUUUGAAGGAAAUGAAGUUUUUCUCAAUUUCUCGCAUUUUUUCUUGUAUACACAUCUAACUUUAAGCUUUUUUAGUGAUGGAUUACUUCUAUAAUAAUUUAUUUUUUAGUUGGUUCAAUGAGGUUCUCAAGUUUGACUAUAAUGACGCAUUAUUGCAUACUUAAGCCUUGAUGCAAGGAUUUGCUGAUAGGAUUUUUUUUUCUUAUGGAGUCUCUGUGCUUUGUUCAAAAUGUUGUAUGAUUCAUCAUAACAUUCAAGUUUUUUAGCUUUUGCUGUUACUCCACAUUUUCAAACUUGAAUAAUUUGCAAAGUUAUUUUGCAUUGAAUUUUUUUCUUUAGACAUGUUUUUAAAAUCAGAUUUAGCUUGCUUUCGGUGGCAUUCUUUCUUUCUUUUAGUAUGUAUUACAUAUUUAUACAUGAAGUUCCACUUUUUCUUUUGACUCCUUGUUUACCUGUGCGUGGUAUUUUUGAAAUCUUUUUGUUGCUUUGCACAGGCAUGACUUUUUGUUGAGUAAUUUCAUUGUAGCUACUACUACUGAAACUAAGCAUGUAAUCUUCCAAUAAGCGAUUUUUUACUGGUUGCCUCUUAGGUAAUUUUUCUUACCAACAACGGUCUUCACGUCGAGUACUGUCAGGAGUUCAUUGGGCUUCGGUUUGGUUUCUGUCCAUAUUGUUUUAUAGUGUGCCGGAAUCAUUACCUUAUCGAAAUCUCUGCCCUGGUAGGAAAAGUCGAUUGUUCUGCUGUUCCUGUAAGUACCUCUAAGAAAAUGCCAGCGCAGGGUUAUUCCUUCGAAG